UGGAAUAUUUUAAGGUGAAAGGGAUUCCCACCACUGGGGAAAAUCCAAAAGUGUGUCCUGGCACAGAGUGAGGAGAAGAGGAGGAGGGAGGACAGCAACAAAUUUUCCCCUCAUCUUUGCCUCCGCAGGCGUUUCUUCUGUGGGAGAAUGGGGGCAGGAGCUCUGACCAUCUGUCACAACAAGACAGCAGUGCAGGUUAAAGAAGACAUGAAGAAGAUUGUCCAGAUACCUUUACUGAGACCCAGGACAGUGGCUGCGAAGCACACCAAGCUGUUUGGAGUGUCCCUGUUGGAGUUGCGAGAGAAGGGCCUGGUGGAGGAUGGUGUGCCUCUGGUGGUGCGGAGGAUGGUGGAGCAUCUCCGCAAGCAUGCCCUGCAACAGGAGGGUCUGUUCAGAGUGAAUGGGAAUGUCCGGGCUGUGGAGACCUUGAAACAGCGGCUGGAGGGUGGCGAGGAGGUGGACCUUCUCUCUGAAUCUGAGACAUGUACGGUGGCCAGUUUGCUUAAACGGUAUCUGAGGGACCUACCAGAGGGUCUGGUAGGCUCAACAGUCCAGCAGGCACUGAUACAGCACUACCAAGAGUGUGGUGAAGAUGGCUCUUGGUUAGAUGUGAGAGAUCUGCUUCAGCAACUUCCAGAUGUCCACCACAGCCUCCUCCGCUACCUCUGCCACUUCCUCACCCUUGUGGAGUGCAACCACAAUGACAACCGCAUGACUGCCCUCAACCUCGCCACUGUGUUUGGACCCAGUGUCUUCCAUGUGGCUCCUGGUUUUGAAGCAAUGAAGGACCAAAAUAUCUGCAACAAGAUCAUGGUCAAGCUCAUCCAGAACUACAGCAAUAUAUUUGAGACGGACAAAGAAAAAGAAGGCCUGACAGAGGAAAUAUCAACCCUUAUCAUUGUCAAGGAGGCGCAUGUGACAGAUACAGACACAAAGACGUCACCCAGCAACCUCAAUGCAAAGACACCGACACCAGUUCCCAGGAAGAAAGUUGGACAAAACAACCUGACAGAAAAUGCAGCACAUCUGAACAAAUCCUCCUCUGGCACUCCCAAGGCAAGACCACGGAAGAAGAAGGUGAGGAAAGGGAAGAGUGACGGCAUGCCUGAGGACGCCCCUCAGCCCAACCGCUCCUCUCGGUUACCCCAUGCACGGCCUCUCUCCAUACCAAUAGUUUUGCCCCUGGCCUCUGAGCUGAGGAGUCCCAGUCCAGAGGUGAUGGAAACGACUCCCAUACCUCUGGCUCGCCAAGACACCCCAGACACUGCCUCGCACCACGGCCAUCUCGAUGUCAGCCCCCCUGGCAGCAUGGAGGCCCUCAGCAGGUAUGUGUCAGUCAAAUCUGUGUCAGCAAAGUGCAGCACAUCCAGUAGCACAGCAAAAUGGGUUACAACUGAAUUAAACAUAUCCAGAGUGGGGCGUCGAGUGCAGUACUUGCUGCAGUCAGCCCCGCACUGCAUGGCUAUUAUUCUGCAGACAAAAGCCAGCCUUAUGUUCCUAUUUUCAGCCCAAGUAACAUGUAGUGAUGGUUCCCAAGAAGAAGAGCGGCCAAUAUCUCCUUUCUACAUGAGUAACCACCUUUCCCCUGUCCACUGCAGACCAGAUGUGGUGAAUAUUCUGGACAGGACGAUACGUUCAGCCGUGGAGCAGCACCUCUUUGAUAUGAACCCUUUAGGGGAUCAAAGUUCAGAGGACUGCGAGCUGACCCCGUGUCUGCUGUCUGCAAAGGUGACACCAACUGCGCGACAGAGACGUCGACACCACAGAGAGCAGCAGGAGGACGGUCUGAGGCACCGAGAAAGAAACAGAGCUGCGUCCGUCAGGGCAGACACCAACAAGGAGAACAUCCCGUUGAGCGGUGGAAGCAGUGGAAGCAGUGGAAGCAGUGGAAGCAGUGGAAGCAGUGGAAGCAGCUCAGGCAGUGUGGGGGAGGACACAGGCAGCAGCAGUGUGGACUCACAGGGAGGCCAGAGUGGUCACACUGAGCAAACCCCCAAACCCAGGAAGUCAAAACACAGCCCUACACUGGUGCAGCUCACCGACAACCAGGACGCACAUGCACCUGGUCCCACGCCCGGACAGAGGAAAUGGGACCCCAUGGGCUUAGUGCUAAGCUGGUCAUCGUUGUUGAGGGCUCUCGUCUUUUCUCUCAUGGUUGUGCAGACGUUGAGGAUGAAGAUCCAGGAGUCGCCCGUCACUUGUGACAUGGGGAGGGUCAGCAGCGGAGAGGUGCGAGGUUCAGACCCAGACUGUGAGAAGACAAGCUGCGAGGAUGUUCCCCGGCUGGACCUGACAACACUGACCGAGGAUAACAACUGGGGAGAUUCUCAGUUUUUUAACACCCCUUUCCUUGAUUUCAAAAGCAUUUUCCAUCCAAGUUGUGAUGAGCCAGUCCCAGCAUACUCGUCUCUGCAGAGGGAGAGCAUGGACCGCGAGGAAGCUCGACUGUCCCCUCACGCGGGAGGACGACUGAUCCGCCAGUUGCUGGAGGAAGACAGCGACCCAAUGCUGUCCCCUCGUUUCUACGCCUACGGACAGUGCCAGCAGUACCUGGACGACACUGAAGUGCCUCCCUCACCGCCAAAUGCACACUCGUUUGUCAGUCGCAGGCGGAGUUCAUCUCUCGGCUCCUGUGACAAUGAGAAAGAGGAGUUGACCUCAGCUCAGCUCACGAAGAGGAUUCAUGUCCUUAAGAAAAAGAUCCACAGAUUUGAGGAGAAGUUUGAAGAGGAGCGGAAAUACAGGCCUUCCCACAGUGACAAAGCUGAAAACUCAGAGGUGAUGAGAUGGGUAAAUGAACUGGCCAAGCUUCGUAAAGAUCUUAAAGAACACAAGCUCCUGAAGUCUGAAGAGGACCUGCCUCCUCUGACCCGUCAGCGCAGCAACACGCUGCCCAAAAGCUUCGGCUCUCAGCUGGAGAAGAAACCUCAGCAGGAGAAAGUGCCCAAGCCGCCAGUGGAGAGCACCCUGGAGACCAUUUUAAAGAAGCUACAGGAGAAGAGGGAGGAGGUGAACCGCCCCGAGGACAUCAAGGAUAUGACACGGGAGCAGAUCGGAGCAGAGAAAGUAGCCCUGCAGAAAGCUCUCCUCUACUACGAGAGCAUACAUGGCCGACCAGUCACCAAAAGCGAGAGGCAAAUCAUGAAACCCCUGUAUGACAGAUAUCGCCUGGUCAAGCAGAUCCUGUGCAGAGCCUCCACCAUCCCUGUCAUUGGCUCUCCCUCCAGCAAGCGCCGAGGUCCCCUCCUUCAGCCCAUUAUCGAGGGCGAAACCGCGCUCUUCUUCGAUGAUAUCAAGGAGGAGGAGGACGGCUCUGAGGAUGACGGAGACUCAAAGACUCAGUUCACUGUGACCGUCCGGCCCGACCUCAGCGUGCUCAGCUUCCUGGACCACAUGGACGAGGAAGUGGACGGUUUCAUUUCACCAGUGGAUGAACUCUCACCGUCUAAAAACACAACGGAUAUGAGGCUGUCUAACCUUCACUCUGCUACCAUACAGGAACUUCUGGAGCAGCUUCAAGAGACCAGAGAGGAGAAGAAGAGAAUCCGCAAAAACCUGAAAGAGUUUGAGGACCAGUUCUUUAGACAAAAUGGAAGAAAUGUGCAGAAGGAGGACCGCUCCCCGUUGGCAGUGGAGUACAACGAAUACAAGCACAUUAAAGCCAAACUGCGGCUGCUGGAAGUCCUCAUCAGCAAAAGAGACUCAACUAAGUUCAUCUGAGGAAAAAAAAAGACUCUAAAAGGACUGUUGCUUAGUUUCUGGAGAUACAGUCAAACACACCUCACCCCGAUUUCCCUUCUCGUUGCCAUCUGUGCUGCUCAUGUUUCUGACUCGGGGAACAGCCUGUUAGUCUACUCUGUUGAUCUCUGAUGUCCACAGAGAGCCACCAACCCACGACUGAUUCAAAGCCACACAAAGUCACCUGCUUCACCUGAGGAGUUCAUCUCCAACCAAACCUCACCUUCACAAGAAGACGUUUCUCCAGACUUAAGCAGGACACACAAAUAACCUGAAUCACACUUGUAUUGUUAAUAAUUUAUUUCUAUUCUUUUGAACAUUUUUAUCAGAACAGAAAAGUUAUUUUUCUCACGCUUUAUUGUAGAAGUCUUAAAAAAAAAACCUUGUAAGUAAAAUAAUAGAUAUGGAAUUACUGCUAUUUUUAAAGAAGGAUUUUGCGAUCAAGAUUUCUGUGUAUUUUUGUAAGGGAGAUGUUACUAUUUGUAUAACUUCAAUCAGCUGAACAGUAUUUACUAAACCAAUAGCUUUCUCUGUUUCAGUUCUGACCAGCAUAUAAUGUCUGACAUAAUCUUAUGUUGCUUCUCUAGAAGUUAAAUCGAGUAUUUGCUCACUAAAACAAGUGGUUUCUAAUUUUAAUAAAACCCAAAGACAGAGACUCAGAGUACACACUAUGAACCAAAAUGGCUCAAAUGUUCAUUAUAUUCAACACAACAGCUUAUUUUUUGUGAUCACUGGUACUUACCUAAACAUUUGACUGUGUAUUUUAUGCAUUGACGUGCUUUUUUUCCCCAUUUACUUCAUGUCAAAUAAGCUAUUUUUCGUCUUGAAAUCACUGGCAUGUUUGUGCUGUCACGGAUCAGAAUUGGUGAGGCCAUGUGUGAGACGACUGGAGGACAGAGAUGGUAGCUGAACACCCCAGUUUUCCCAGCGGUCUGUGUUUCCUUCUCGUCCACUCCAGAGCUUGUUUUGUUCUCUUGUAAAUAUGGAUCACUGUGUAUGUUUACAUUUCUGAGAGCGAGUAUUUUUUUCCUUUCUUUCUCCAAAAUGGAUGAUUAUCAGUGUGAAUUUCGUUUUUACUGAAUGUAAACACUGGCGAGGCUUAAUGAAUUUUGAGUGUGUACAUUUUAGUACAUAAAUUGUAUUUGUAUUUUGUAUAUAUCAUGAAUGA